AUGGAGUCAACUACAAAUAAUAAAGUAUCCUGUAUAGCCAACUAUGCUUAUGACGCCUCGGAGACCGAUGAGUUGACGAUCAGGCCUGGAGACAUAUUGAGGGAUGUAGAACGCCUGCCAGGCGGUUGGUGGCGUGGAGAACUUCGUGGUCGACGAGGAAUGUUUCCUGACAAUUUUGUUUCCGUACACACAGAUCAUGGGAGUACGAGCAGGUCUGUGGGGGUGCAGGGACGGUGUCGGGCGGUUUUCAGUUACCAACCCGCCAAUCCCGACGAGCUUCCACUUUGCGUGGGCGACGUGCUGGAAGUUCUUGGAGAGGUGGAGGAGGGUUGGUGGCAGGGCCGACGUCAGGGUCGAGUGGGCGUGUUUCCGUCCAACUUCGUGGUGAUGCUGGAGCCGCCGCCGCCCGCGCCGCCCAGCGAGCCCGCGCCUGCUUUGCCCCCCAAACCUGUUAAGGAGCAAUGUCGCGUGCUCUUCCCUUACACGGCGGUAAACGAGGACGAGCUGACGCUGGCAGAGGGCGACGUGGUUACUAUCGUGUCCAAGGACGCUCCUGACCGGGGCUGGUGGCGAGGCGAGCUCCAUGGCCGCGUCGGACUCUUCCCCGACAACUUCGUGCAGUUACUACCGCCCGUAACACAGGAGAUAGAGGAGAAAAAACCCGACAGGCCUCCGAGCAAGACAGCUAACGCCAUCUACCCCGCACUCAACAAGUACUCGGAGAAAACAGCUUCGGUAAAGGAGCUCACUACUUCUAAAAUAAGUCACCAUAAGGAAAAUACAGUAAACAAAGAAAGCAGUACACAGAGUACAGUCACGCACACAAACAAGAGUGAAUCAGAGAAGCUUAUCCACAACGAAAGUACUGCUGAUGGAACACCAGACGGCCAAGUGAAGAAGCCUCCAGUGCCGUUAAAGAAGAGUCCCACGCCCACUUCGGGCGUCGGAGGGCUCUUCAGCGGCCUCAAGAAUAAAAUGCUAUCUUCGUCGGACAAAGAAAAGUCUUCAACAGUGUCUAGCGGUAGCAGCAGUGGGGGAGAAUGGGAUCGACCCGACGGUGGCGUGUCCAGCAAAACGGCCGCGAGUGCAGCCAACACUGCGUCAACCGCCACCAACGUCAACACAUUCGACCAUGUCGAAAGAAAUUCCAUAUUGAACGACCCUCGAGCUGGCAGAGUAAAAGCUCCACGGCGUCGUCCACCGAGUCAAGUACUACGUGAUGAUACACCUCAACAGAUCGGGCUCAGCAAUGGACACGAAGUGCUAAUGGAGAAACCAGAGAAAUUAGAAGAAAUAAGGCCGCGAACGCGCGAGUGGGAGAAACAUAGAGCGCCGUGGAUGGAGGAACUGAAGCUAAACCAAGCCAAAAAAACUAGCUUUGGUGAAACCAAGUCACGAUCGGUUUCUUCAUCCUCUGACACUGGGGUUGCCAGUAAGGCCGGAAGUGGAAGCACUGACAGAAUUCUGGACUGCGGGUUAGAAGAGAGGAAGACGUCGACACAUUCGAUGGAAAUGUCGAAGAGCACAUCUUCCAUAAGUAAUAGGAUAUCUGUGUUGGAAAGCUUCGAAGAGACCAAGGUUCGACACUGUCAGGAGUUGAAGAAGGAUUUGACCACGAGUCCGCGAGAAGUCGAACCUGCCACAAACAAAUCUGUACCCACCGUGCCCUCACCCACCGCCGCUGGACGAACUUUAACGGCAAUGCUUGAAGAAUUGAAGAAACCACUUACCCCUACGCCUCCAGCAGCAUCAGUACGCACAUGCAAUGAACCCGCCACCGAUAAAUCACCAAACACAAAAUACGAGAGAGUAGUCACAAGCUCGGAGAAACAAAGCGAAGUGAGCUCCAUAAGCAAGCCCUCUGCAAUUGUCAUGGAGAAAUCUACAGUUUUAGAGAAAUCGGAAAAAGUUGAAGAGAAAGUUUCCGAGAAACCGUCUAGUUUAUUAAGUGAUAAAGUCAAUUCAAGUACCUUAGAGAGGCGAGUUCAUUCCGCUGUGAAAACAGAGAAUAAGAUUGAAGGCACUGACGCGUUGAUCGCUCAGCUCAACAGCAGGAUAACAAACUUGGAAAAGUUACUAGAAGUACAAAAUGCUAAAUUUAAUGCUGCUAUUGAAGAACUGACCACUAAACUAUCAAUGGAAACUGAAAAGAGGCAAGUGUUACAGGCUGAAAUUGAAAAGUUGGCACAGUGCGUCACUCAAGUUUAG